CUGGACUAUGGGAGCCGCAGGAUGGGCGCUUUGGUUAUGGUCUUAGUUUUUCUCUGUUCUCUUCUGAUAAAUCAAUAGGUCUCAACAUCCUCAACUGUAAAAAUGAUAAGGAUACAUCAGAAGAUCUGUCUUCAAGCCCAAGAAGAAAUCUGAGCAAUGCACUCACAGUGAUAAAACCUGCCAAAGAGUAAGCAUAACAGACAUGUGCUUCCCGCUACAGAAAGACAAGACUCACUGGCCUGGUGUCUGCUCCUCAAAUGGAGGCAAGAGACCAAGGGCACGACAUGAAGCCCCAGCCUCUGCAUGUGGUGCUGGAGAAGCAGAUCCUGGCACUGCAGCAGCAGAUGGCUGAGAACCAGGCUGCUUCCUGGCGUAAGCUGAAGAUCUCCCAGGAGGCCCAGCAGAGGCAAGCAGUACUUGUGAGGAAGCUGCAAGCCAAGGUACUGCAGUACCGGAACUGGUGUCAGGAGCUGGAGCAGCGGCUGGAGAACAUAGGGGGACCCAUCCCGAAAAGGUGGGAAAGCACUGAAGAGCCCAGACUGGAACAGCUGCUGAUCCAGCUAGAUGAAGAACACCAGAGGUCUGAGAGUUUGGUGAAAGUGAACACACGGCUUCAGCAGCACCUGGAGAAAGCUGAUGUGGUGAACAAGGCCCUUCAGGAGGAUGUGGGAAAGUUAACAGUGGACUGGAGCCAAGCUCAGGAUGAGCUGGCAAGGAGACAGAGUGACUGGCAAAUGGAGAGGGAGUUCUUCAAGGGCUACCUGAAAGGGGAACAUGGCCGCCUUCUCAGCCUGUGGCGGGAGGUGGUGACCUUCCGACGGCACUUCCUGGAAAUGAAGACAGCCACUGACAGGGAUUUGGCUGAGCUAAAGGCUGAACACAUGAAGAUUUCCGGUUCUCUGCUGACCAGCUGCCUGCACCUGAGCUUGGAAUUACAGUCCCGGGAACCUCAGGGAUCAGGGAGACUAGCCGGCAGUGAGCAGGCCCAUCUACAACUUCUAGCCAGAACCCAGGAGUUGGAGAAGGAAGUACAUGAAAGAAGCCAAGAACUUAUCCUUCUGAAGGCCAGAGGCAACAUGGAGAAGGCAGAACUUCAGGAUAGGGUGACUGAACUCUCUGCCUUGCUGGCUCAAAGUAAAAAACAAAAUGAGGAGCAAGAGAAGAUGAUGACGGCUCUGAGAGACACCAUGGAUAUCUUGGAGACAAAUCAUUCAGAAUUAAUAGAACAAGAGGCAUCUCUCACCAAAAAUGCCUGGGAAGAGAAGUUGUCUCUGCAGCAAGUGAUCAAGGACAUAACUCAGGUAGUAGUAGAUGAUGAGGAUAGUGAGAAGCAAGAUUCUGGACUGGAGAGUUUCCUAGAGUUGGAGUCCAGGGGCUUCUCCUUCCAGCUCUGUUCCGAAGAUCCAGAUAAGGCUCUCACACUGGUACGCUCCGUUCUGGCUAAGAAGCACCAGGCAGUGCAGGGCCUGAGGCAGCAGCUUUCAACCUGUCAAGAGGCAGUGAGCUUCUGGCAGCAUCAGCAUACACAGUGGGAGGAAGAGGGUGAAGCCCUGAGGCAGCGACUCCAGAAGCUCACUGGGGAACGGGAUGUCCUGGCAGGACAGACCCAGGGCCUCCAGGGGGAGGUGGACUCUCUCAACAGGGAUCGAGAGCACCUGGAAAAGGCUAGGGAGGAGCUCCAGCAGCAGCUGGAGGUCCUGGAACAGGAGGCCUGGCGCCUCCGCAGGGUCAACACAGAGCUUCAGCUGCAGGGGGACUUGGCUCAGGGGGAGAAGGCGGAGCAGGAGGAGGAGCUCCAGCAAGCUGUUCGAGAGAGGGAUCGCCUUCAGGAGACUUUGAAGGGCCUGGAAGCAAGACAGUCUGCAUCACUGAGCGAGCUGAUCACCCUGAAGGAGGCACUAGAGAAGAGUCACCUGGAAGAGGAGCUGCUGAAUCAAGAGAAAGAAGAGAUGGCAAGAGCCCUGGCCAAGGCAGAACAGUCCAUUGCUGAGCUGACAGGAACAGAGAGCACCCUCAAGGCAGAAGUAGCUGAUCUUCGGGAUACAGCAAUCAAGCUGAGUGCACUGAAUGAAGCCUUGGCCUUAGAUAAAGUGGGGCUGAACCAACAGCUCCUGCAGUUUGAGCAGGAAAAUCAGUCUCUCCGUGGUAAAGUAGAGGAGGCAGAGAAGACCAGGAGUGCUGUGCAGAUGGAACUGGAUGAUUCUGAAAGGCGAAAGGAGGCCCUCUGGGCAGAGAAGGCUCACCUCGAGAUGCAGCUUCAGAAAGCCAAGGAUGCUGAAGCAGAACUACAGGGGGAUCUAAGCAAGAUGAGAGAAGAGAAGACGGAAACCCAGGAGAAAUUGGAUGAGGCAAGACGCCAGUUGGAGGUGGCUACUACAGAGCUGGAGCAGCUGCACCAGGAGACAGCUCGGCAAGGGCUCCUUCAAGAGAGGUUGAGCCAGGAGAAGGAGGCCCUGGUCCGGGACAAGGCUGCCCUAGAGGUGCACCUGAAGGCCUUGGAGCGGGACCGACAGAGUCUUUCUGAGCAGCUACUGGAACUCAGCUCAGCCAAAGAACUGCUAGAAACCCACCUGUUUGAGGCUCAGCAGCAGAGCUCUCUGAUGGAGGUUACCAAGGAGCAGCUGGCAGUGCAGAUUCAAACAGUCACACAAGCCAAGGAGGUGAUCCAAGGGGAGGUGCGGUGCCUUCAGAUGGAAUUGGAAGCUGAACGACGGCAGGCCGAGCAGGAGCGGGACACAGUGGCCAAGCAUCGGGACCAGACAGAGCAGGAAAGUCGGGCAGCUCUGCAGCAGCAGCGGGCCACCUAUGAGGAAGAACUGCGCCUGCUACAGGAGGAGAGGGAAAUGGAUCACACCAAGCACAGGCAGGAAUUGGAGGCCAUAUUAGAACAGAUGGAAAGGGAGAAAGUGGAACUGGAAGAGACCUGUGAGAAGAAGCUAAGGCAGCUGCAGAAGGAGUCUGAAGCUGCCCAGGCACAGAGGAUAGAGGAUCACGCCCAGGCUGAAAGCAACAGAUGUCAGAUGCAACUAGAGAUAGAAAAGGAAAGGAUGUCACUACUGGAGACACUCUUGAAGACUCAGAAUGAACUAGCUGAUGCUGGCCAGCAACUGGAGCGACUGAGGAAGGACAUGAAAGUUCAGAAAUUAAAGGAACAGGAGAAUAUAGAGAGCCUUUGGGCCCAACUGCAGGAGGCUCAGGAGGCUGUGAAGGAGACAAGAAGAAACCACCAAGAUGACCUUGCCACCCUUCAGGAAGAGACAAACAUCCUGUUGCGGCAAAGAGAGAACCUACAGAAACAGGUACAAGACUUGAAGGCCCAACUGGUCACUAGUGAAGACUCAUGUAGGCUGGCAGAACACAAGGCUCAGCUACAGCUACAAGAGGCCCAAGAGUAUACACGUAUACUGGAGCAGGAAAAAGCCAGCCUGGUUAAGUCUCUUACAGAGAAGGAGCAAACACUCCUAAUCUUACAAGAGGCUGAUUCAGUCCAACAGCAAGAGCUGAGCUCCCUGCGCCAGGAUGUGAAGGAGGCCCAGGGGGAACAGGAGCAGCUGAGUUCCCAGGUACAGUUUCUGAAAGAAGAAGUGCAGAAAAAGGAGGCUUCUCUUCUGGAUCAAGAAACACUUUUGGAGAAAUUGGAAACAUCACAGAAGACAGAGCAGCAGUUGAGGGCCUCACUGUUGACACAAGAAACUAAGGCAGCCCAGCUGCAGGUACAGCUGUGCAGUGUGGAAAGCCAAGUAGGGGCUCUGGUUUUAGAGCAGCGGCAUGGACGUCAGGCACAGGCACAGCUAGCCAGUCUCUACUCAGUCCUACAGCAAACCUUUGGGACAGCUGUUGAGAGCAAGCCAGAGCUGAGUGGUGCUGGAGAUGCCUCUCCUUGUCCCUGGAAUCCCAAAACCUUGGGGCCAGAACAAGAGAGUGCAGAGAAUUUCCUUAAAAGCCAGAUUGCCCUAACUAACUUCAGCACUGAGGGUGUGGCAUCAGCCCUUCACAAGCUCCAAAGAGACCUCUGGAGGGCACGUCAUGCUCGGGAUGAUAUGAAGUGUCAGGUUGAAAAGCUGGAGCAACAUCUAUCCCAAGUUGAGGCUGAACGGAACCAGUUUUCUACUGAAGUUCAGGAGCUUCAGAAACUGCUCUCUCAGAAUCAGAAAGAGAAAUUGAAAUGUGAAGGAGAGCAGAGCUCCUUGGAAUCAGAGUUGGCUACACUUCAGGACAGAGUGGCCUUCCUACAGUGCAGCCUGAAGAGUGCUGAGCAGCAAAGGGCAGAAGCCCAGAAUGAACGGGAAACAUUGUGGGUAGCCAAGAAAAAUUUGGUAUCAGAGGUGGAACGCCUUCAAGCAUUAAUUGUAGCCAUGAAAGCACAAGCUAGUUCCAUAGAAGCUCUGGAAGAAGAACUGAGAGCAACGCGCUCAGCCCUGAGAGAAAAGAAUGAGGAAGCAGAGCAUGAGCGGGAGAGAGCUGAGGCCCUGAAGAAAAUGGAUGAGCAGAAGGGGACCCAAGGGAAGGCUCUGAAGGAAAAUCUUGAUAUCCUGACCAGUUCCCUUUCUAAGAGAGAAAAGGAGGUAGAAGCUUUGCAGGGACUAGUUCAGGAACUGGAAAAGCAGAGAGAAGCACAAAAAGUGAUGCAAGAACAUCUCUCUCUGAGCCUAGAGAAGAGAAACCAAGCACUGGAAUCCCAGCGAGAACAGAUCCAAGAGCUGGAGAAACAGAAAGCUAUGCUAGAACAUUUGCCAGUGGCCAUGGAGGAGAAAGAGAGGCAGAUAAGGUCACUGAGAGGGCAGAUUGAAGAGUUUGAGAAGAAGCAAGAAACUCAGGGAAACAUCUUGGAACAUCAGGCUCUGGAUUUACAGAAGAAAACACAAGUGAUAGAGUUCCAGAGAGAACAGAUUCAAGAUCUGGAAAGCCAGUUGGUUACUCUAGAACAUCUGGCUUUAGAAGGGAAAGAGAAUCAUCGAGAAAUAGAAUCCCAGAAAAAAAAGGUUGAGGACCUAGAGAACCAAAGAGAAAUGCAGAGGAUCACUCUGACUCAUCUAACUUUGGACUUGGAGGAGAGGAGUCAGGAAAUACAAGCUCAGAACAAACGCAUUAAAGAGUUAGAAAACCACAGUGCUCUCCUGACAGCAGAUCUUAAGGAGAGAAGCCAGGAGAUUAAAUCCCACAGAGACCAAAUGGAGGAGCUCAAGAAACAAAAGGAUCAGCUUACUUGGGACCUAGAGAAGAGAGUCAAGGAGCUCGUACUACAAGAAGAGAAAAUUCUAGCCCUGGAAGAGCAAAGAAUGUUGCAGAACAAAGUAUUAAAGGAAGACCUUGAACAGAUGAAAUUAGCCAUGAGGGAAAAAGAUAGGGAAAUUGAGUCUCAGAGACAGCUCAUGAUAGAACGGGAAGAGGAGGAAAAGGGGCAAGCCAAAGCCCAGCGCAGCAGCCUGGAGCACAUGAAGCUGAUCCUGAGGGACAAGGAAAAGGAGGUCGAGUACCAGCGGGAGAAGAUCCAGGUGUUCCAACAGUAUGGAGAACAGAGGGAGGAACAACUGCAGGGCCUUCGGAGAAAAAUUAAAGAGAUGACACUGCUCUUAACUCAGAAAGAUCAAGAGUUGGAGAGCCAGCAACAGCAUAUUGAGAAAGCCCAGGAGAGAGGGGAGUCCAGGGAAAAGGUUCUGCAGGACCAGCUGGAGAGAGUGCAGGAAGCCCUCCGGGCCAGAGAGCAAAACCUGGAAUCCCUCCAGCAGAAGGUGCAGGAACAGCAGGAGACCCAGGAACAGCGGAUGAACACUCUGCAGGCAUCCCUGGAGCAGGCCAGGGCAGCCCUGCAGGAGCGAGAGCAGGCAGUUGAGGCCCACAAGGAGCAGAAUUGGAAGGUGCAGCAACAACAGACAGCUGCAGAGCUACAGGUCCGAGCUUUGGAAGAGCUGCUGGGAGAUCUGAGGGUUGAGUUUCAGGAACAAGAAAAGGUUCUGGAGGCCCUGCGACAACAGUGUACAGAGCAGGGACGUGAACAAGAGGCACAGACCAGGCACCAGCAGGCAGAGGCCAGACAGUGCGAAGAGGCUACAUCAGGCCAGGUUCAGGCCCUCCAGGAGGCCCUCAGAGCAGCACAGGCUUCCCUUCAGGAGAAGGACCGGGAGCUCCUCCAACAGGCAGAAUUGAGCCAGCGCUUGGAAGUCAGUGUAGCUGCUCUGCAGGCAGCCCUGGACUCUUGUCAGACACAGGCCCGGCACCUGGAAGAGGCCCUGAGGGAGCGAGAGAGUGAGAUCAGGGAACAACAGCUGCAGCACCAAGAGAUGGUCCAGCAGAUGCAGCUGGCCCUGGCACAGAGGGACCAGGAACUGAGGCACCUCAAGGAAAAGGGACAGCAAGAGGUGGCCCUGAGCCAGCUGGGCAAAGGGGAGGGAGAAGAGGAAGAGAGCAGGAUCCUGAGAGAGAAUCUCAGGCAUCUUCAGCUGUCUCUGUCCAGAAAGGAUAGAGAGGUACUGCAGAAGGUCCACCAGAGGCAGGGGCAAGAGUCUUACCAUGAAAGCCUCAGCCCAGAGGAAAAGGAGGAGGAGAAAGAGGAGGAGGCCUGUGGGAUAGGGAUGACAAAGAUGUCCUUGUGUGAAAUAUCACCUGUGUCCAUGGAGGAGACCAAGCUGCAGGAGGAGCUUGAGCGAGUGAAGAGUGCCCUGAGGCAUACAGAGGCCCGGGAAAUUGAGUGGCGAGAGAAGGCCCAAGCCUUGGCACGUUCUUUGGCUGAGAGUGAGGCUAGCAUCUGUAACCUCCGCGAGGCAGCCCUAUUCUUGCAGGCCAAGGCAAUGGAGCAAAACACAGAACAUCUGCAGCUUCAGGAGCAGUUGCAGCUCACAAGACAAGCCCUAGAGGAAGAGAGGUUCCAGAGCCAGGGCUCAGCUGCAGGGGCAGAGCCAGAGCUCCAAGAAGACCAAGGUCCACCCCGAGGAGAGGCCAUGGCACCAGAAGAUGAUGGGUCUUGUACGGAACUUGAGAAGACACAGCAAUGGCAGCAAAGGCUAAAGUACCUGCUGCAUGCAAUGGCAAGUCUAGAGCAUGAGAGGAACCGGCUUCAAAGACACAACUUCCAGUUAAGGGUCACCCUAGAGCAGGUAGAGCGGGAGCGGAAAAAGCUGAAGCGGGAUCUUAGUCGCAUGACCCGUGCUACAACUCCCCUGCUCAGCAAGACCACAGCCCACACAACAGUCCAGCAGCAGGAAAAAGGAGAACAGGAGACUCCUCCAGAAUUGAAACACUUGGCUGAGUUACAGAGGCAGGUGGCCGUCCUGCAGGCACAGCUGACAUUGGAGCGGCAACAGAAACAGGACUACAUCUCCCGCUGUGUUCAGACAAGCCGAGAGCUGACAGACCUGCACCACAAUCUUUCUCACUCGCUGUGGGCCGUAGCUCAGGCCCCUGAAGCCAAUGUCCUGGAGGCAGAGGCCCGAAAGCUUGAUAAGUCACUGACCCACAGUCUGACAUCUCCUAGGCCUUCCCCUCUAUGUUGCACUCCAAGAGUAGCCCAGGCUACGUCCCAGUAGCUAAUGGUGUAUAGUGGAACAUAGGCCAGCUUGAGAAGCCUCGAUUAAUAUACCUGUGAAGGGCUCAGACCCCUCCUUGCAGUUGCUUCCUGAAGGUGAAGACCCCUAUACCUAGGUUUGCCAGAGAAAAGAUUAGAGCCAAUUUCCCCAUGCCAGAAUUAUGAGGCAGGUCUACUGCUUCUGCUGGUGCUCUCAGCUAGAGGGACAAUGCUGUAAGAGUCAGGGUGGCCCCUUCUUCUGAUGCCCUCCUUCAUUGGCAUCUCCAUUUAGUGAGCAGAUGUUUCCCACAACGGGGGUGAGCCCGGACUGAGAUGGCACUCCCAGGCUUCUAGUGUUUACCUGUAUUUAUUGAAUUCAUCUAUUCUACCUAACUUCU